UAAAAUUUUCGUGUAGCACGGAAAUUGAGCACGGAAAUAGUGAAUAAUAAUUGUAGCCGCUUCGAAUCAACAUUCAUUAGCACAAGUAAUGUCUUUUGUUGUGGCACACUCAUAAGAUCUUGCCCAGAGCUCUAAUGAAACAGCCGGGGGGAACAACUUGUUAAGAAGAUAAGUCAUUGCAAAUUGAAAGUUCAGUAGCCGGCAGAUGCUCUUGAAAGCAGGACAAGCAUUUAUCGCUGCCACAAAUAACUCUUAAUGCUAGGCGGCUGGUGAGACUUUGUAACAUCAAGGGUGAAUUAACUAAACAAAAUUGGUAUUUAUCAGAAAAUCUUUUAGUCGCUAGGAUUUAGGAAGGAUCGACCUGGCGUCGGAUUUUCGAUCGACAUCAAGUUACAAGCUGUAUUAGCCACAAGACACAAGGGGAUUUCUCAAAAUUGAAGUUGGAAGAAAAUGGAGAUGCAAAAUAUUUUAUAUUUGGUUGCUUUUCUCUGUAUAAAGACUGUUUUAGUGUCUUGUCAAUGCGACCAAAGGCCCUUUGGUGGUUCGAUGAUGUGCUGCGCCGGAAGAAAUGGCCAAUGUUUUGUGAAAAUUCGUAAUGCAACGAAAAACUACACAAGAAAGGUUUGCUAUUGCGACGAAUAUUGCAAACUUACUAAAGACUGCUGUUCUGAUUUUGACAAAAUUAAAGAAUCGUGCAGAGGAGCUCUAGACUGCAGGGUAAGCCAGUGGACAAGCUGGACUGCUUGUUCCAAUGACUGCGGUCUUGGAGUCAUGAAAAGAAAGAGAUUCAGAAUACAGGCACCGCGAAAUGGAGGGAAAGCCUGUCCACCUUUAUGGCAAAAGAGAGGGUGUGCCUUGUAUCAGUGUAAACGAAGAGCGCAAACUGCAUUCGUUCUUCCUGCUGAUCCUUAUCGACGUGUCCCACUUGGGUCUUAUGGCUUUGAGGAUAUUCUCCCUGCUCCAAAAAAGAAUCAGCAAGUGAAAGUCAAAGUAGACAACUACUGUAUCAAUUACAAGUUGAUGGUAAAAAGAUCACAGUGCCGCUUUACAUGGGCCGAUAAGCUGGUGACCAAAAUACCAAUCUGUGUGGAAUGUCAGCCACGUGUCAUGGGUUCUACUGGACAUUGCCGCGGUGAAGGAGCCCCUGGCGUGCGCAGUCACUGGAAAGCUUUCAUGAUACCAAGAUGCCACGGAGAAUGGAUAAGAUUAGGACCAGCUAUCCCCCACUGUACGUGCACGAAGAAAUAUUUUACUAAUUUCGUUUUUGUUUAAUCCUGAAGACUCGUUCGCAAUUGUAAAAUUAGGCUAUUCUUUGACUUCUGUGUAUAUGGAACGAUGAGGAAAUUGUUUGUUGCAUUGAAAAAAAUGAACAACGAAGACAAAAUACUCUUGAUGUAAGAGUUGAGAUAUUUGUAAUUAAGGAUUUGUGUCCUAGAGCCAUUUUUCUGUAUUGAGUUUUUUAAUGAUUUGCCAGCCAUAGAUAUAACAACUUUGGAACAAGUUUUUGCACCAAGCCAGCCUGGCUUUCUCAAAAACCAUUUAUUGCUCUUAAAUUCAUAUUGAUGUAUACUGCAGCGUUGACCUGGCAAGCCAACAUCUUUAAGGUGUAGUCAAGGCAUCCAUUUUAGUAUUAAGUCCCCUCCAAGCCAAUGCACCUGAUAUUCUAGAUACAAGUGUGUGUCUUCGACCCAGAUGUGUCAGGGACUUUUUACGGAAGCAAAUUUUUACACCAUUUUCCUUUUGUCUAUUCGCAUUAAUAAAUUUCAUAGAAUGCUCUCCUUUCUUUUUUCAUUCCUUAGUCAAAAAGUAUACACUUAAGCAUUGAGCUUCAUUGUGGAACACCGUAGACAAACCUGUGAUCGCAAGGUGGAAUUUUUGUCAUAAAUUGAGUCGUGAAUUACAAGCACAACCCAUAACUAAGCCUCCCCGAGUGUAGCACUUCCUACUUAGUGGCAAAGUAGAGCUUGGAAAGCAAAAGCUAAAUUCUCUUGAGUUUAUUAUCAUUACUUAAUUUCUCUGUAAAGGCUAGGACAUAACAUACUCCCGUCGUAAAGCCCGUUGUUAAAACAUAGAAUGUAGUUUACUGUGAAAAACCAAACAAAACCUUGCCGGGACGAAAAAUCGGGUCCGGUGUUGGCUCUCAUAAAGAACCUAACACCCGAAUGAUAUUCAAACUAGGACACCGCUAAAAUGAAACUUUUAUCUUUGGUAGAUGGCAGGUAAUUUGAAUUCUUAAGUUUACUCUUUAUCAAUGGUAUUGCAUUUGGCUGUACCAUUGCAUUGUAACCGUCUUAUCUUUACUGUUAUAAAUAAUCUUUGUAUGUUCAGCUUUUAAUGUUACAUAUAGGAUGUUUUACGAUAUUUAGGGUAGCGCAUUGUUAACCAUUUUCUAUUUUACAGAGAUAUAUUCUUGGCAUAGAUUUGAGUUACAACAUUUUUAUUAUUAUUCAAUAAAAAUACUUUGCACAAAACUGGGUUUUACGCUUUUAAAUAGGAAAUGAUAAUUUUCCUUUCUUGUUUUAUUUAAGUUGUAUUUUUCUGUCUCGCUCAUGUUUUUAGUUCCUAUUAAUAUGAUCCAGUGACAGAUCUGUAAACUUUUUAAACCUACCAAUUUUCAGUAGGUGUAUUUUGUGGGUGAAUUAUGGCACAACACAAAGUUGUUCGUUGUCUGAGUUAAAUUUUUCUUGUUAUCUUUAAUAUGGUAAUUAAAGAUGAACAGAUGAACUGAAUAUCACUAACUUGACAUU